UUGACACAUGCAGAACUUCCACCUGACUGAUCAGUGUUCGAGUCCCCUGUAUGUUCCAGUGCUGCUGACCACAGAUCACCAUUCCACAGCAUCAGGGGUCAUCUCUGCAGGGGGUGGGUAACCUCAGACUGAGAGGCUCAGUGGGGCUGUGGCUGCAGCAGGUGGAGGUCGUGAUGCCAGGUUCAGGUUGUUGGAGGAGGAGCAGCGGCUCCGUCACGUUGCUUUGUCUCGGUGUGUUAGUGUUCCGUGCCGCUCCGGGCCGGGCGGACUGCCGGGCCGCGGGCCUGUGCUGCUCCGGCCGGGACCCGUCCUGCACCAGUGAGGGCUGGAGGGCUGACCGCUCCUACGGGCCCUGCUACUGCGACCAGGCCUGCGUCUCCACCCGGGACUGCUGCCACGACUAUGAGGCCGCCUGUCCCGCGGUGUCCUGCGUGGUGAGUGAGUGGACGCAGUGGUCCGGCUGUGCUGAGCCGUGCAGGGCCACAGUUCGCAGGCGGAGCAGGGUCAUCGUGCAGGAGCCGCUCAAUGCAGGGAAACCCUGUCCCCAUCUGGAGGAGCACGCUGGCUGUGCAGAGUACUGGUCGAACCGAGGGAACUGUCACAGCUCACUGGUUCCAGCUCUUAUAACCACAGGUGGCUAUGGCAACACCAGGAAGAAAAGAGACCUCCUCGGCAGUGGCGACAUUAUCGGGUACUGUGUCCACUUUCAGUUGACCUCUCUGACUAAAGGAUGCCAGGAGAAUCUGGGCCCACACACCCAGUGGAUGCAGCACCUCAGGCAGGGCCACCAUGUGUGUGUGAGGUGCCAGCCGCCUGCUCUCGCUGAUGGACAGCAACACUGUGCUGGAGACGGUGAGGAAAGCGUCGACGACAGGAGACAGUCUCUCCAGUGGCAGGCGGUGGGAAACCCUCGGUGCAAGGGAGUGUGGAGACGCGUGGGGAGGCUGGAGGCCUGCUCCUGCCCAACAGCCCACAGCUUCCUCUUCAUCUGACCUCCUCCUUCCUUCUUGUCCCCCCAUCCCCAAUCCCUCUGAAGAUAUCCACUUAGACACAGUCUGCCAGUAUGAUUACAAAUCUCUCGGUAGCUUUACAAACACUGGUCUGUGAAUCUGUUCUAGUAAAGCGUGGUUCCUCUUCAGUGAGAAUGAUCACAUACAACCUGUGACUCCAGAUCAGUGCGACGACGUGUUCACUUUUCAUUAAAGUUGGUGGAAUUUUCCCA